ACUAAAAGUAAACAAUUGAAGCAUGGCUACAUUGGUUGCUCCUCCCAACCACUCUCCUGUGGAAGAUGCAGAAUCUCUGAGGAAGGCUGUGAAAGGUUGGGGAGCUGAUGGAAAAGCCAUUAUAUCAAUACUAGGCCAUAGAAAUGGUGAACAGAGGACCCAAAUCAGAGAGGCAUACCAGAAUCUCUUCCAAGAGGAUCUCAUCAAACGCCUUGAAUCCGAGCUCUCUGGUGACUUAGAGAGAGCAAUGUACCGUUGGAUAUUGGAACCUGCAGAACGUGAGGCUUUGUUGGCCAAUAUAGCCCUUAAAAGGGAUGAAAAAGGCUACCAAGUGAUUGUGGAAAUUUCCUGUGUUCUUUCACCUGAAGAGCUUUUUGCUGUGAGACGUGCGUACCACAACAGGUUCAAACGUUCCAUGGAGGAAGAUGUGGCUGCUAAUACCACUGGCCAUCUUCGCCAGCUGUUGGUAGGGUUGGUGAGCUCAUUUAGGUAUGGUGGCAGUGAGAUUAAUGCACGAUUGGCACAAUCUGAAGCUGAUGCACUUCAUGAGGCUAUCAAAAACAAGAACAAAAGCAAUGAAGAAAUUAUUAGGAUCCUUACCACCAGGAGCAAGACCCAACUUGUGGCCACUUUCAACCGUUACAGGGAUGAUCAUGGCAUUGCCAUUACAAAGAAACUGUCCGAUGAAGGGUCUGAUGAGUUUCAUAUGGCAGCUAAUUUAGCUAUUAGUUGCAUCAAUGAUCAUAAGAAGUACUAUGAAAAGGUUCUGAGAAAUGCCAUGGAAAGUGUUGGAAGUGAUGAGGAAGCAUUGACACGUGUGAUUGUGACAAGGGCUGAGAAGGAUCUGAAGGAGAUCAAAGAUGUGUAUUACAAGAGAAACAGUGUUCAUCUUGAGCAUGUUGUGGCCAAUGAAACUUCAGGAGACUACAAGAAGUUUCUGCUCACUCUGAUGGGCAAUGAUGACUGAUUUACUUAUUCUAAGGAUACAAUACAACACACAUUUAACAGAUUUCAUAGUAUCUUUUUUUACAGAGUGACCUUUGUUGUAUAAGCCAUGGUUAUGAAUUGUGGUUUGAAAAUUGCAAUGGUAACCAUGUGUUGUUUUGGAAAGCUUUGCUAUCACCUUAGAAUUUUUGCAA